AGAGGUAAAAGAAAAAAAAAACACAAAAGGCGACAGACAAGACAAAAGAAUGUCCCAAACCCAAAUCUUCAUAUCCUCUCUCCCCCUCCUUCCGAUUUCUUCGUAUUAUUAACCCUUAUUUCGAUUUCUUGCUCAGUUCCCUUGUAAAAAGUUCGUGCUCUCUUCUGUGAUCAGCGUUCGAUUUCUAAUCAGAUUAGGGGUUUUCAUUGGCUAAUCGAUUCGGCGUUUGAAAUUUGGCAAUCGGGAUUUCUCGAUUUCGUGGUGGGUUUUGAUUUUUGAAGCGAUCACGAAGAGGGUUGAUGGCGAAUUGAGUAAAGGAAUCUGGGUUUAUGUUUUUCUAUACAAUAAAUGAAUCUUUGAAGAUCUCGUGAAUCUGAGGAUUGUCGUGGAGGGUAAUCUCUAGAGGGCUGAAUUGAGGAAGAGGAGAGGGUUGGUUCGAUAUAAUUGAUAUUUGGGAAUCGAGGAAGAGAUGGGAGAGAAGAUGGAUCUUGUGAUUGGUGGGAGAUUUAAGCUUGGAAGGAAAAUUGGCAGUGGUUCAUUUGGAGAGCUUUAUCUAGGUGUAAAUGUCCAAACAGGAGAAGAAGUUGCUGUCAAGCUGGAAUCUGUGAAGACCAAGCAUCCUCAACUUCAUUAUGAGUCAAAGUUGUAUAUGCUCCUUCAAGGAGGGACUGGUCUUCCGAGCCUCAAGUGGUUUGGAGUUGAAGGUGACUACAGCGUAAUGGUUAUUGACCUUCUAGGUCCUAGUCUUGAAGAUUUGUUUAACUACUGCAACAGGAAGUUCACCUUGAAAACUGUUCUCAUGCUUGCCGACCAACUUCUUAACAGGGUCGAGUUUAUGCAUACUCGAGGUUUCCUUCACCGUGAUAUAAAGCCUGAUAAUUUUUUAAUGGGCCUUGGACGCAGAGCUAAUCAGGUGUAUAUCAUUGAUUUCGGACUAGGGAAGAAAUACAGAGACCUUCAGACUCACAAACACAUUCCUUACAGAGAAAACAAAAAUCUGACUGGGACAGCUCGAUAUGCAAGUGUCAACACUCACCUUGGAGUUGAACAAAGUCGUAGGGAUGAUCUGGAAUCACUUGGUUAUGUUCUUAUGUAUUUUCUCAAAGGAAGUUUACCAUGGCAGGGACUAAAAGCUGGGACAAAGAAGCAGAAAUAUGAUGUUAUAAGUGAGAAGAAAGUAUCAACUCCUAUAGAGGUGCUGUGUAGAAAUUGCCCGUCAGAAUUUGUUUCAUACUUCCAUUACUGUCGAUCUUUACGGUUUGAUGACAAACCUGAUUACUCUUACCUUAAGAGACUUUUCCGCGACUUGUUCAUCCGAGAAGGUUAUCAGUUUGAUUACGUAUUUGACUGGACAGUCUUAAAGUAUCCUCAAAUGGGUUCCAGCUCUGGUUCUAGCUCACGUACCAGGCAUCAAACAACCACGAAACCAGGAUUCAACACUGCCGGUCCUUCUACAAGUAGGCAAGAGAGGCACGCAGGAAAGGAAACAACCAGAGUGUCGGGUGCAGUGGAAGCCUUCUCCCGAAGACACCCAACAAACAACUCUGCUACGCCACGUGAUCGCUCCAGAUCAAGAAACUCUGAUGACGGACCUUUCACUAAGCACAUAUAUGGAGAGUCUGGAAGAGGAAGCAGUUCGUCAAGACAGGGAACAUCAACAUCAAGGAAAGCAGUUGGUGGUGGUUCAAGCUCACGGCCAAGUUCAGCAGGGGGACCAAGUGGUAGCCGAGGUUCAAGUCGUCUGGUAUCAUCAAGCGGGGGUGGCAGUGGGAACGGGCGUCCAUCGAGCAGUCAGAGAGUCCAACCUGGAUAUGAAUCAAAGACUCUGUCUUUCGCUCGUGCAACGGCUUCAAGAAACGCUAGGGAAGAUCAGUUGAGAAGCUUUGAGCUUCUGUCUCUUCGCAAAUAAAGCAGGGGGAGAGAGAGAGACUCCAUGAAAACUUAACCGAAAGGUUUCCAUAUGCUUAAAAAGAUCUUUACAGGUGAUUUCAGCUUCAGCGUGGAGAGAUCUUUUGCCAGCACUCUUACUCGUUUGUAUAUUUUAAAUGGUGAUGUGUUGGAGAUAGGAAGAGUCUAAUAUGCAAAAGAGGUGAACUUGUAUUCCUCCAAUAUCAUUGUAAUAAACAAAGACAAAAUUUAUACUUUUUUUUAAAAUACCAAAGAGGCAAAA